AUGGUUACAAAUAUAUGUGAAUGUGUAGCAUUUUAUGAAUACAUACUACUAAUAUUCUACAUACAGUGGAUGGUGUACAUUAUAAAUGAACAAAUUCUGUUAAGAUAUUCAACCAUAAGUACCUCCAGAGAUAUGUAUUUGGAAGUUGUAGAAUGCUUGAACGAUAUCAAUAGAUCAAUAUACGGUUUGCCAGCCAUAAUGGGUUUCAUUUCGGCAAAUGUUGGUGAUACGAUUUUUGUAUUGUACUCUCGUAUUAUUUUUACUCCAACGGCUCAAGCACUCAGAGAUGUUUUUGUACUCAAUAUCAUAACACUAUCAACUAAACUAUUUAAUGUUAUACUAUUAUACGCAAUUGGUUUAGCUACGGAAAAAGAGAUAAAUCGGAUGAGCCUUGUCUUACACCAACGGUCAGUGAUAGAAAGAAACCCUAGAAUAAAACGUCAGAUCAAGUUCUUUAUCCUACGAAGAUUGCACGAACACUAUCAUUUUGAGGUGUGUGGAAUAUUUGAGAUUAGUCUGAGAAAAUUAUUAUUUUUAUUAAACAAAGCAGUUGCUUAUUUAUUCAUACAAAUUUUGUUCAGAUUGAAUAAAGAUAGAAUAGAAACUAUAAGGAAAAUUAAUUAA